AUGAACCGUUUGCGCGCUUGUUUUAGAUCAAUUGGACAUCUCCGACAUUCAUCUGCCUUCACAACUCCCAGUCUCUCCGCUUACCCCACCCCUUUCGCUUCAACAGUCAACCGAGCUUCUAUCCAACGCACCAUGGCUUCCGCAAUCGCAAAGCGCCUUGAGGGCAAGACUGUCCUCGUCACCGGUGCUUCUUCCGGAAUCGGCAAGAGCACUGCGAAGGAAUUCGCCCGCUCGUCUCCAAAGAACUUGAAGCUCAUUCUGACUGCGCGUCGCAUUGAUACAUUGAAGGAGGUCGCCGAAGAGAUCAAGCAGGAAGUUGGCGACGGUGUCCAGGUUCUCCCCGUGAAGCUAGAUGUCAGCAACCCAGAGGAAAUCAACAACUUUGUUCCCUCCCUGCCGGAAGAGUUCAAGCAGAUUGAUGUCCUGGUCAACAACGCUGGUUUGGUCAAGGGUGUUGCACAGGCACCGGGCAUUGCUGCUGAGGACCUGAAGGUCAUGUUUGACACCAACGUUACCGGUCUCAUCAACAUGACCCAGGCAAUCCUGCCCAUUUUCAAGGCGCGCUCUGAGGGUGGCCGUGGUGACAUUAUUAAUAUCGGCUCCAUUGCCGGCCGCGAGCCUUACCCCGGCGGCAGCAUCUACUGUGCCACCAAGGCCGCAGUCCGCUCUUUCACAGAUGCGCUCCGCAAGGAACUCAUCGCGACCAGAAUCCGUGUCAUUGAGAUUGACCCCGGUCAGGUUGAGACAGAAUUCUCCGUUGUGCGCUUCUAUGGAGACCAGUCCAAGGCCGAUGCCGUCUACAAGGGUGUUGAGCCAUUAACUGGUGAUGAUAUCGCGGAGGUGGUUGUGUUCGCCGCCAGCCGUCGUGAAAACGUGGUCAUCGCGGAUACCCUGAUCUUCCCUAGCCACCAGGCUGGUGCUGGGACCAUGCAUCGCAAGGCCUAA